UGUUGUGCAAUAGACUUUGCCCUCAUCAAAGCUCCACUGUUUAAUCUUCCCACUUAUCCUUGCUAAACGUCCACUGGGUUUUCCCACCAAGGUCGACAUAACCUCGUUUUCUUCCUCGAGUUCCUGCGACGCACAGCCUCUCACUCUCCUCCUCGACGUCACAAGACACACUUCCCAGCUGAGUCCCGAGUCGACCGAAUUCUUUCGGCCGUGUGUUUGCCUCUCGAAGCCAGUUUCUUCAAGCUUCCUUCUCCGUAAGAGGUAGUUGAAACGAUGGGUAGUCUCCUUAAGACGAGGUUGUGGUGGGUCGCCCUGCUGUGCACGCUCGUAGAAUCUGCAGUCAGUGUGGAGUGGCAGCGCCUCGACGUGUCUGCGCCAACGACAUCACUAGCUAGCGACGCUCUGCACAGGCUGCUGGAGAUUUCGAAGGCCGUCUGUCUGCAAAAUCCCAAUCUGUUGGGGUGUCGCUUUGCAGAUGGCUCUCUGGGGGAAGGGGUUAACGAGAACACGAUGUCCCGGCUCCAGUCCACGGACGGGAUAUCAGAUCUGGCGUCCUUAUUCAUCCUACACAUCUCUUAUAUUCAAGAGCAGUACAACAAGAUGGUUACCGAGAAAAUCGAAUUGAACGAGAAAAUAAGAGCGCUGGAGGCCCUCAACCUUCAGCUUAUGGAAGGAAACCUGACCGACACAAAAUUAUCCGAAAUCAGUGAAACACUAGGCAGGGUAUCCAUAAGCCAUCGUAACGUCUAUUCCCCAACGGCCAUUGUGUUAAGGUCUGUACUGUCACAUACGACCAGACCAACAGACUGCUCGGACCACUUACUGUUGGGACAUACCAAGAGCGGUGUCUACGAAAUCUUCCCUUUUAAAUGUCGGUGCGGUGAGCCCGUGAGGGUCUGGUGCGACAUGGAAACCGAAGGAGGAGGCUGGACCGUUUUCUUUUCGCGGGACAACGGAACAAUCCGCGAGGAUUUCAAUCGGACUUGGUACGAACACCAAUCCGGCUUCGGAAAUGCCAGCGGGGAAUACUUUAUGGGAACCGAAAACCUUCACCUGCUGACAACGAACAAGAACUACAGACUCCGUAUCGAAUUCGAACUCGCUGAUGGGACGUACAAGUUUAGCGAAUGGGACACCUUCUACGUUUUUGACUUGGCAAAUAAGUAUAAACUAUCCGUUGGAGCGUUCCUAGCCCACAGCAUGACAACUGACUGCCUUUCGAGUCAAAUAAAUAAUAUGUUCUUUUCGACAGCCGAUUAUGAUAACGACAGGAACAAUAACAACUGUGCCCUCAACUACAAAACCGGCUGGUGGUACAACACCUGCGGCUUGUUCACGCCAGGGUACCUCUUGGCCUCUGGUAUUAUCCAGACUCACUGCCCUUAUCUCGCCAAUGGGAAGAAGGUCAACAUCGAAGCCAGGAAACUGCAGCUGAAAAUUAGGCCCAAAGUGUGCGGGAAAAGGGAGCACUCGGCUCAUUUCAACACGCACACGUGCAAGGAAUAUAAUUUUUCCCCAUGAGUUUUGAUUUCUAUUGUUUUUGAUUUGUAAUAAGAAAAAGAAAAGAAGGGAAAAAAAUC